AUGUGCCAGCUAUUGUGCUCUGCUGCAUCCCGAGACCUCCCGGUGCGUGCGGCCGCCAUGGACAAGAUCCUGGAGGCGGUGGUGACGUCGUCGUACCCCGUGAGCGUGAAGCAGGGGCUGGUGCGGCGCGUGCUGGAGGCGGCCCGGCAGCCGCUGGAGCGGGAGCAGUGCCUGGCGCUGCUGGUGCCCGAAGGCCCGCACCGCCUGCUCUUCUGCCAGCAGUUGGUGCGCUGCCUCGGCCGCUUCCGCUGCCCGGCCGAGGGCGAGGAGGGCGCGGUGGAGUUCCUGGAGCAGGCCCAGCAGGUGAGCGGGCUCCUGGCGCAGCUGUGGCGAGCGCAGCCCGCUGCCAUCCUGCCCUGCCUCAAGGAGCUGUUCGCCGUCAUCUCCUGCACAGAGGAGGAGCCGCCGUCCAGCGCCCUGGCCAGUGUGGUCCAGCACCUCCCAUUGGAGCUCAUGGAUGGUGUUGUCCGGAACCUCAGCAAUGAUGACAGUGUGACAGAUUCCCAGAUGCUGACUGCCAUCAGCAGGUGAGGUGCUGAGGGCCGGGUGGGGGUGCUGGGCUAGACUGAGUGUCAGAGAGCCCAGGCCCUCAGGCUUGCUCAGUCAUCCAUCCUUUCUUGAGCCGUGUUCUGUGCUGGAUCCAGCCAAGCCC